GAACUUUUACAUUUUUCUUCUUAAGAAUUCAAGGUUGAUGCUGUUGAAGUGUUUGAAAUUGAUUUUAGUUAGCUUUGCACGUCUUUUUUAUCCUUUCUCUCUUAGCUGUAGAAGAUACAGAUCCCCUAGCUUCAUAUAUAAAGCACAGUCUUAGUAUUUACUGUCUCACUCAGUGAGACAGUUUUAAGGUUUUUUCCUAUAUGUCCUUUGCUUCAGUAUUCCUCAUCCAUUGCAUAAGCCAUCAUGCACAAAGCUAAGCAAAUGCCACUGUUGAGAUGUGAAAGGCUUCUAAUCUAGCCUUGAUUGCACUGUGGAAAGAAAUGAACAAUGGAAAGUAAAUCUGAUAAUAAAUAACAGCACAUGACAAUGAAUGUUUGUUGGCAAGAACUAGAAACCUGUGGGCCUGACUUAUAGAGCUGUUGCCUUAAUUACCUCUUUCCCUGAAACAGGUUUAUCUUUUUUGUAGACUCUAUAAUCCUGCCCGCUUAAUUUGUGUUACAGGUCCAUUAAGAUUCUAUUAAGAAAGGGAUGUCUUCUAUUCUACUUGAGAGCACACAAAAAAACCCCACUUUUCUGCCUUAUGCAGCAUAUUGCCCAUAUAACAAUGAAGAAAUUGCUCCAUGACUGUGCAUACAGUGAUUUGUAAAUCCCUUUGAGCCCAGUCUUGAGAAAUCUGCUAAUCCCAGAGUAUUGCUUCAUAUGGCAUCUUUGCAGGGCUGUAGACUACAUACCUCCACCCCCAAUUGCCUGGGCUGUUUGCAUACUGGGGCUUUGGUUGCUACUACAGAUAAACUGCUCAAAUAAAUGAAACUGGCUGUUACUUUAUAUUCACUAAUUUUGUUGCAGUGUAUGUAUGUUCACAACCUCUUCUCUGCCAAUUCUCAGUAGUACAUUGUGACUGUAUGGGGUAGAGAAUGAUGUUGCUUUGAAGCAAUUAACAUCCCAAGAUGCACAGCAUGUCUGUACUGCAUCUAGGCCUGUGGAACAAAAUGGUAAUUCAAAGUGCAAAUCUUUUCCUAUUACUUUUGAGCCUCUAUCAUGAUAAUGUAUAAUGCAGGUUUAAUCCUAAUGAUAGCAAGAGAAUAAUCAUAGUAAUAGUGUAAUUUUUAAUUUUCUGGUGUUGUCUGUAAAUAUUUUCCUGUUUUAAGAAAUUAUGAAGGAAUUUUGCAUGAUAAUACUGUUGAUUUUCUGUUGUUUCUUUUACCUGUUGUGAUUCUGAAAUACUUUUAUGGCCAUGAACUGGAUGAUAGUGAUCAUACUCCCACAGAAUACGAUUGCUUUCAGGUAUUCUACCUUGCUGCUGUGCUAGUAACUACCGUAUAAGUCAUCAUUACUAUCCACCCAAGCAUUUGCAGCUACUGUCAUCUAUAGCAUGUUACCAGAACUCUAAGAAAUAACGAUCCGAUGUCCCAAUCUUUUAUAUGCAAUUAUUCUUUUCUUUACUUUUGCACAGACUCUACUGCUAGCCUAUUUCCAGUAUACAGUGUCAAUAAAAUGAAAGAUGGUUUUAUAUCCUCAGUCAGAGGGAAGGUUAAAGGAAGAAUCUGUGAAACAACUGGGAUGAUUCAUCAUCAUCAUUUACGCAACUUCAGGAAGCCUAAGGUUCAGCAGAAAGUUUUGUGCUUUGAUUUUUAUGGUUCUGAAUAUGUAUUCUAAAAAUUAUGUCUUUACAAUGUAAAAAAACCCUUAGCUUCAUAUAAAUACUAACCAUCAGUCAGAACGGACACAUAUUUUGGUAUAAUUCUAAUUGCAGGUGAACCAGAAAAAGGAGAAUGUAUGUAAACUAGAAAUAAUACCACAAAGUACUGAGAGGAGGAGGGUUGUUUCCGUAUAAUGAACCCUCAUCCUGUCUGUUGGAACCCUCAUCCUGUCAGUCUACCAUUACUGUAAUGCAGGCUACAUAUUGACUUGAGAGGAAUCCAUUUGUUUUCUUCCAGUCAGAAAGCAGCCACCAGCAGAAGAGCUGGAUUCAGACUGAUGAAAGGGUAGGAAAUAUAUUAUCAAUAUCCUAAGUACAAAUUUAUUUGAAAAAAUACAUCUCUCAUCAAACACUUCCACAAAACCUUAUGUGAACUGUUUUAUAUGAGCACACAGGUGACAUGCAGUGGCUUUGCCAGCUAGCCGAGAUCUUAAGAUGUAGUCAUUCAUGCCCUUUUUCUUCCAAUUAUCUCUUUGGCAUGUAGGAGACUGCUCUUAAGGCUAUUCUGUGCAGGAAGUGCUGAGUAUGUUCAUAAAGGUGUGGCUUAGCUCCCUAGCAAUUCCAUGGUAACAGGGGUGUAGUAAACUAGCCUUAAGUAAAACAAACAAGCUUUGUGGAAAUCAAAAGCUGAGAAUGCAAGCUGUCUCUUUGAUUAAAGCAGCUAAUCUUUGAUUGUAGGUGGUGAGCUCCACCUUAUUUCCCUGCAUCCAGCAGUUUCACAGGGGUUGGAUGCAUUAUGUCUUUCAGUGCUCUCAGUACUAGUGCAGAGGAAUGUUUUUAAAAGUCAGUUUUUGCAAGAUGUGAGAAAACAAGGUUAAAUUUAUAUAGUCACAAAAAUGUGAUUAAAGGGAAAAUAUUUGUAUCAUUUACUAAAAUUCUCAUCCUGUACAGAAUGGAUCAACUGAAAGUGAGAGGUACAGAGCAGAACACAAUACUAAACAGAAUCUACACCCUCUGUCAUGUUUGUCUUCCCAGGGAUUAAAGAUGAAUAGCAUAAACUUAAAUUGUACAGGUGAGGCAGGUUGCUGGUACUUUCAUCUGCUGGCAAGAAUUUAAAGAUGGUUUUACCUUCGACAAAAUUCUACACCGCAAAAACAUGCUUUUUCCUACUGUAGAUACAUCAUCAGACAUGGAUACCUACCAACAUAGAAAGUAAUCCAAAGAUCUGAAGAGACCAGAUCUGAUCUUCACAGUCUUACAAUUUGUGUCUGUGCAAAGUAGGUGUAAAGUGCUACCCAACAUGACUCACUGUAACAGAUUACAGUGAUAGACAGUCUGUCUGCCUUUAGUGACAGCUGCAGGUAUUCAGUAGUUACUGGCCACACAAAGGCUUCAUGUGCCUUAAGGUCAUGGAUUCAUAAUACUAUAAUACAUUAGUACCCUCCAUAUUUUCCUAUUCCCACGAGUCACUUCUUUUUGCCAGGAUAACUAUGUGUGGGACCAACCUCUGAACCAAAUGAGGGAAUAGAUUCAUCUUAAGGAAUAUGCAUCCAGACUGAGUUUGUGUGGUGUUCCAAACAGAACAGAACAGUUAAAACCAGUUUUAAAUGAAUCGUAUCCAGCUUUCUGAAUCAGGAUUGCUAUUUCAAAGUCAAUUCAGGGUGUAGCCCCACAAAUAGUAGCUCUGAAAGAUAGAGGAGGACAGCAAAGGUGGGAUUAGAAUGAAUAACUGAGGAUGAAUGAACAAGGCAUGCCUGAAACUGGUAUUUAUGUCAAACAUCUUUUAUGAAAAAACCCACAGCUUUAGGGCACAGUUUGUCAUGUAUUAUGGCAGGCCAGCCGGCUCCUAUUUCUACUUCUUUAGUGCAGGUAUGUUUUGUUUUGUUCAUAGUGCAUAUAAGGAUUUGAUCUAUCUGGAAACAAACAAACAAACAAAAACCACAAAAACAGAGAAGCCAAAACCAGCUGGUAAACCAUGGACAAGGAGACUGGCCUUGUCAGUCUCCCCACUCACAUAAGGUAAAGCACUGGACAAGGAGAAGCAGCAGCUGAAUGAUGGUAAGUCCAAGUGAUGUCCCAGACAUCUACUUAUCCUAGAGCAUUAUCAGUACAUUGACUCUACUGACUGCAUAGCCACUCCCAGGUUGUGCCAGGUAAUUUUCUCUUCUGAUUGCCCUAGGGCUCUUUCCCUUUUCCUUACCACCAUACAAUUAUAUGUAAAAAGGACAAAAUCUUAAUGCAUUAUAACUGUGUCACACUGCUCUUGGAAUAGUUACUUGAGAAAACCAAAGAAAGACUGAAUACAAAGUGAUAUUUCCUGUCAAACAAGGGUGUGCCACAUUAACAGAGGGCAGUGGAAAGGAGGUGUGGUAGUAUUGGCACUUAUAAAACAGCUCUGUCAGAGCAUUUUAUCACAACUCCAACAAAUUGGGAAGAGAAAGGGCAGAACUCAUUUCACCUGCAUGCCGUGUGCUUACUUAUUAUCUAUGUUUAUAAAGCAAUUCUGUGCUUAUUAAGUGAUAAAAUGGACUGUCUUGCAUCAGUUGACAUCUUAAAUUAAAAUUUUCUACAGUACAAAAAGGGAAGAACAUAUUUAGUGCUAUUGUUUACAUAUGAAUGCAUGGUAUGUUGUCUAUAUAUUCUUGAAUACAUUUGCAUACUGCAGUAUGUGUAAUUGACAACGUUUCUUCUCAGAAAUUCACAUCAUUUUAAUGACAUUUUGAUAUAUUAAGGCCACUGCUAUCUUACUUCCAUCAUUUAUUUCACAGCACAAUAAAAUCUGUGAUCAAGACAAAGGAACAAUGCUAUUUCCUUAUCCAUACUUGGAGGUUAAAAUGAACAGAUGAUUUGUUAAAUGGAAGCAAUGACAUUUAUUUGAGUGAGAAUCUGAUGACUAUAUCUCACAUUAUCCUUGCAUGGAGCCUACAAACAAGGACGUCUAUAAACAUGACUGCCGGGAUUAAAGCUAAAGCCAUGAUAUAUCAUCAGGACUGCUUUUCAGCUGCACAUGAGCAGCAGAGUCAACAGCUGAGAGGCAUUUAACAGCUGCCUUGUAAAGUUUGCUGAGCUGCACCUGUGUGCUGUGAGGUUCUCCGUGCGGUCUCCACCAGUUGUUUCCCCCUGUGGUCAUGACGGCUUCGCACAGUGACUCUUUGGUGGUGUUGUUUGGGGCAACAGCUGGUGCAUAUGGGGCUAAACUGGGUUCGGAUGAGAGGGAACUAAUUCUCUUGGUGUGGCAAGUUGUGGAUCUCCCCAGCAAGAAGGUAGGGACGCUACACAAAUCCCUGGUGAAAGCAGACAAUUUGGAGUUAAGUGACCAAUGUCGUGAAGUGACUGGUUUAACGCCAGAGGGACUGGGUAAAGCUGAGCCUCUGGACCGGGUUCUUCAACAGUUUAUUCAGCUGGUAUCCAGUGAUUUGAAAGUAUUUGGAAGGAACUCUUACACCCUGUGCAGUGAUGGACAGUUACUCAUUCGACAGGUCCUCCACCCAGAAACAUCUAAGAAGAACUUCCUGCUGUCAGACUGCUUCUAUUCCUUUUAUGAUCUGCGCAAAGAAUUCCACACAUGCUACCCUAGUUCAGCCGCCGUGAAAGACCAGACUAUCAAGACCAUGGCAGAAUAUCUAGGCUUAGGGACAGAUGAAGCAGAGGAGGACUUCGGCGUGUGGCAAGUAAAAACAAUGGUGGCUAUCAUUUUCAGCAUGCUCUCUGAAAAUUGUGAUCACAUAUUUACCAACCCUGAAAUUGUGAAAUACAAGUACGAAACAGGUCCUUGCAGCAAAUCAGAAACAGUGGAUAGUGAGACAGUAAUACGUGCUAGAGGUUUGCCAUGGCAGUCUUCAGACCAAGACAUUGCCCGAUUUUUCAAAGGACUCAAUAUUGCCAAGGGUGGUGUGGCCCUUUGUCUGAAUGCUCAAGGAAGAAGAAAUGGUGAAGCAUUAGUUCGAUUUGUCAGUUCUGAACAGAGAGAUCUGGCACUGGAAAGACAUAAGCAUCACAUGGGUAGCAGAUACAUUGAGGUUUACAAAGCAACUGGGGAAGAAUUCUUAAAAAUUGCAGGAGGUACCUCCAAUGAAGUGGCCCAGUUCUUAUCUAAAGAGAAUCAAGUUAUCAUCCGGAUGAGAGGUCUUCCAUUCACUGCUACUCAGGAGGAUGUUUUGGGAUUCCUGGGGCCAGAGUGUCCAGUCACAGGAGGGAAAGAAGGACUUCUCUUUGUCAAGUACCCAGAUGGCAGGCCCACAGGAGAUGCAUUUGUGUUGUUUUCCUGUGAAGAAUAUGCACAGAAUGCACUUAAAAAGCACAAAGAAAUACUUGGGAAGCGUUACAUUGAGCUCUUCAGGAGCACAGCAGCAGAAGUUCAGCAGGUACUUAAUCGGUACAUGUCAACACCUCUUAUUCCCACCCUCCCAACUCCCAUCAUUCCUGUUAUACCCCCACCAUAUACAAUUGCCACGGGUAGCAUACGGGACUGUGUCCGGCUUAGAGGCCUUCCUUACACUGCUGGCAUUGAUGAUAUCCUGGACUUCAUGGGAGAUGCCACAGCUGAUAUAAAGCCUCACGGAGUCCAUAUGGUCCUUAAUCAACAGGGGCGACCAUCUGGUGAUGCUUUUAUCCAAAUGAAAUCUGCUGACAAAGCCUUUAUGGUGGCUCAAAAAUGUCACAAAAAAAUGAUGAAGGACCGUUAUGUGGAAGUAUUCCAGUGUUCAGGAGAGGAGAUGAACUUUGUUUUAAUGGGUGGCACUUUAAAUCGUAGUGGCUUAUCCCCACCGCCAUGUAAGUUACCAUGUCUUUCUCCACCAGCUUAUGCUGCUUUUCAGACAGCAGCUGUGAUCCCAGCAGAAGCAGCUCUUUACCAGCCACAAGCUCUCUUGCCAACAGCCAGGACUCCCCAGGCCUCGGCUGCUGCUCCUCCAGCUGUUACCUACUACCCAGCUCAGGCUGCUCAGCUUUAUAUGAACUACACAGCUUACUAUCCCAGUCCUCCAGUGUCCCCUACCACAGUGGGAUAUCUUGCAGCUCCUCCGGGAGCUGUAGCUGCUGCUGCCGCCACUGCCACCCACACUCCACUUCUACCCCAGCCUGGAGCAUUAGUCCGUAUGCAGGGUUUGCCAUAUAACACAGGAAUGAAGGAGAUUUUAAGUUUCUUCCAGGGAUACCAGCUCCACAAAGAUUCCAUCCUCAUGCUUUACAACUUUAGUGGCCAGCCCAGUGGAGAGGCAUUGGUGACUUUUCCAAGCCUGGAUCUAGCUAAGAAAGCAGUGGCUGAGAAAAAUGGACAGCUCCUGGGAGGCUGCUGUGUAGAACUGUUGCUGGUCUAACUAAACACUCUCUGGGGCAUGGGGAAGGAAUGUCACGCUGAACACCGUGCCUUUUACAAUACAAGGAGUCUUCCCUUGCCACCCCUGCAGCAUCAAAUGUGCCUUUUCAACGUGCUGUGUUGGAAUGUGGAGUGGUACAUGUCCUGUAUUUAACUUGAAAAAGGGUGUGUUUUAUGCCAAAGAUAAAGCAACAAGAAAAUGUAUGCAGUUAAUUUACUUAUUCUCUGAUGUACUUGUUUGAAAAUAAGCAAACCCCUUAUUGGCAACUUGUUAAUUCUGAAGACGGUCUAAUAGCACUUCAUCUGUCACAGCCAUGAGAGAAACCUUUCACCUGUUCAGUAGCAUUUGAAGUGGAAAGAGAAGCUUGAGUCAUUCAGAUUCUUCUGUGUUUAGUUACUAAGAGUUUACACUUGGCAAAGUGUCUGUUUUUUGUAGAAUUGAAAUGUCUUUAUAAAGAAAGGGCUUUUGGAAUGUGUAGCAUUCCCAACUCAAAGCAUAGAUCUUAUUAGUUUUUUUGGUUUUUUUUUCGUUGUUGUUCUUGAUUGGAAAAUACCAGGAUGCUGGACCCCAAAUAUGGUUGUGCUUUCUCAUGUUUUCAUUAUGUUGUUUUGCAAAAGCCAUAUUUGUCUUUCCUACCAGUGUACGGCUGCCAAAUACAUAAAGCAAAAAGUAAAAACAACAGCAAAAACAGCAAAAUCCUCCGUGCCCAACCAUCAUUCCCCGCCCUGAGCCCAAAUUUUUACUCUCUACAGGACAAAAAUGGCACAUAAACCUGAGUACUAAUAAGUUAUAUUUUUUUAUUUAAGCAUAAUAGCUUUGAAAUACUGUAUUAAAGAUUUUGCUCUAGUUUAUGUGCAUGCAGUUUGUUUACAUCUUUAAACUACUUUAUUUGUAUAUUAUGAAACAACAAGAUGUGUUGAAAUCUAAAUUCUCUAGUGCAUGCUUUCUUCUUUUUGUGUGUAUAUACAUAAGCUAGAAGAAGUACUUUAUGUCAUGUAGCAUGUGUUUAAAAAAGAGACAUCUGCUGUAGAAGCACUAAAUGACUUUGUUUUUACCGUGCCUUACUUCAAAACUAUCUCAAGUGCAAUACCAGCAGAUCAAAACGCAAUGAGUCCUUUUGUGACACGUUCAUGGAUGUCUGGAUUGAUUUUUUUGUUUGUUUUGUUAGCAUACAGUGUGUUGUACUUAAAGGAACUGAAUGAUGUAUGCUUCUUUAUAUUACAACGAAUAAAAGAGAUGCUUAUGAUG